AUGAUUUCACUUGAUGUGAUCUCGUUAUUUACCUCUGUCGCACUCGCAUUGGCUAUCACCAUUGUUGACGGCCUUCUCAAGGACAAAUAUGAAGAGAUCGAUAAAAAGCUCAAACGGGCGCAUAUAACUGAACUUCUCGAACUGUGUCUUAAGACCUAUUUCACUUUAAACGGCCAGGUGAAAGAGCAAAAGGAGGGGAUACCGGUGGGCUCGUCUCUGUCGGGACUCAUUGCCGAAACAGUUCUGCUGAGGCUCGAGCACCUGUUCUCCGGAUCAGACCCCCCGAAGUUCUGGGCCAGAUACGUCGAGGACACUUUUAUCACAAGGUGUUAA